AUGUCUACGGAAAACGUGCCCGCCGCCACCCCUGAGAAGGUUGAACAGGCCGAGGCGCCAGCUUUGGCGCCAGAGACUCCCCUUGCCAAGUUCACGGCGCGUCUGGCCGACAUCAUCAAGGAGUCAGCUCACAGCGAGAUGUGGGGUGUCGAGCUUUCGACCGAUGCCAGCCACGCUCCGACUCAGGUCGUUCUCCAGAAGUUCCUGCGCGCCAACAAUGGCGAUUUGGCUGGUGCUGAGAAGCAGCUUGCCGCUGCCCUGGUUUGGCGAGAGAAGUGGCAGCCGACAAAGCUCGUGAGCGAGGCUUUCAACAAGGACAAGUUUGGCGGCCUCGGCUUUGUGACGAACCACAAGGAUGAGGCCGGCAACAACACCGUCAUUACUUGGAACAUUUAUGGCUCCGUCAAGGACAACAAAGCCACCUUCGGCGACGUUACCGAGUUCAUCAAGUGGCGCGCUGCUCUCAUGGAAUUGGGCGUGCAGCAGCUUCAUCUCAACGACAUCACGGAGCCCCUCCCAGAGGAUGGCACUGACAAGCAUCAGAUGCUUCAGGUGCACGACUAUCGAUCAGUCAGCUUCUUCCGCAUGGACCCCGCUGUCAAGGCUGCCAGCAAGGAGACCAUCUCCGUCUUCUCCACGGCCUACCCAGAACUGCUGGCGCACAAGUACUUUGUCAACGUGCCUGCCAUUAUGGGUUGGAUGUUCGGAGCCAUGAAGCUUUUCCUUGCGCCAGCAACUUUGAAGAAGUUCCACCCCAUGACAUCCGGCACUACUCUGUCUACGGAGCUGAAGAGCAUUGCACCCUCAUUGCCCCAGGAGUACGGAGGCAGCGGCUCCCCUGUUCAAGAAGGACUGACGGUGACGCUUGUUGAUGCUACCGAGGCAGCAAAGGUGGAGGCCCCUGUAGAGCCCAAGUCAGAGGCCGUUGCCGCUCCUGUUGAGGCCCCCGCACAAGCAACUGAGACUGCAGUCGCGGAACCUCAGACCCUGGACCUUCCUGUGAGGCCCAAGGAAGAGGAAGCCCCUGCGGAGGCCAAGAAAGAGGAAGUCCCAGUGGAAGCCAAGAAGGAGGAAGUCCCUGCCCCUGUGGAGCCGGAGGCCAAGGCUGAGGAGGCCAAGGCUCCUGCAGAGGAGGAGGCCAAGCAAGAGAUUGAGGAAAAGAAGACUGAGGAAAUUCCCGUCGCUGCUGAUGGUGCCCCGAAGGAGGCUGAGGCUGCGCCUAAGGAAACUGAGACCGCUGAGACCGCGCAGCCGGAGAAGUCGGCUUGA